AUGGACAAAAGCCCUGAAAAAAAGUCUAAACUCUCUAGCAUAUCAGUUGCUGCAUCUGGAUCUAAGCAUGAAUAUCAACGGUAUCACAGUCCUCAACUACAACCUUGUGAACCCUUUUAUGAGCUAUCCAAAAAAAGAAGAGUUUCCCCCAAUUUAGUCAGUUUCGGACAAAUAGACUCUACUGCAGAAACUAAUGAUUUUGAAUUUCAAAUAAAAUCAAACCAUGAUCAAGAUGCAUCUGAUAUGAGGCAUCAUGCGAAUAUUAUAGUGCCUGAGUAUCCUCCUUCAGCAUUAAAUAAUCCUGAAUCCAUAUCUAAUUAUCCAAAUCGCAUGAGACUUGUUUUAAGCUCUGGGGAAAAUUUGAAUCAGCGAGGCGAAAAUAUUAGAAUUAGAAAAGUCCAGAGCACCAAUUUCAAUUUAAGCGAUUUAAAUUUUUCUGGUGAGGCAACUCUAGAAGAUUUGUCAGAAAAGCCAACACAAUCGAUUAGAACAAGAUAUAUCAAGAAAAAGAAAUCUGAUUUAUAA